GAAACUUCCCGUGAAGAGGAAUACAAAAGUCUGUUUGAUUAUGCUGUCAGUGCCUAUAACAAAAAAGAGUUCAAAACAUCUUAUUGUUCUUUUCAUUCUGUCGCCUAUGGAUAUAAAAUUGAAAAUACAGAAUUAGCAUAUAAUGCGAAAUAUUUUUUAGCAAUUCAUUUAUUGAAUGGGCUAGGAAUUAGUAAAAAUUCUAAAGAAGCUCUUAAUCUAUUUGAAGAA